AUGAUCACUUCAUUUGGGACAAAUACGGGUGUUGCAAUAAAUGACAAAACGAAUCAUCAAAAUGCAAUUAUACUGCAACGUCAUAGUUCCGCUAAUCAAAAUCUCGACUUGAUACAUUCAUUUGAUGAUCCUAAAAAUCGCCAUGAAAGAAAGCUAUCAUUAUGUCGUAGAAUUAUCAAUGAAUCUGGAAAUCAUGAAAAUAUCCCCAUCAAAUGUAUUGCAUUAUUGACAAGCCCGAUUUCAUCACAUUUCAAUGAUGGAUUGGAAAAUGUCAAAAAAAAUAGUACUGGAAUGAAAGCACAUGCUUUAAAUGCUAAAGAAUUUGGAGCUAAUUCCAAUUUAAAUAUGAAAGGAAUAAAUAUACCAACUGUGAAGAGUAGUAUUAAAAUAAUUCAUCGAGCAGAACCGCUUCAAAAUUUGAAAUCCUCCAAAGCUCCUCCUUCAAAUAUCAAUCAUUCUGUAACUGUGCUAAAAGAAAAUGAUCACAACAGCAAUAAACUGUUGCAAAAAUAUCAAAGUUCUAAAACUGAUGAAAAUACGUCACAAAAAGGAAUAGAUGACAGUUUAAUUGGAAGAGAAAAAUAUAUUGGCCAAAAUAUUAAAGCAGCAUUUGGAAAGCCGACAUUUAAAGAAGUUUCAUCGAGCGGUUGGACAAGAAGAAAUGAUAAAUUACUUGGUCGUACAUUUGAUAGAACGAAAGGAUUGAAUAAUGUAACAGAAUGGAUUGAUUAUGAGAAUAGUUUUUAUACAACGUAUCGCCAUCAGACCUGUACAGGUAGGGUAUUGGGUUAUUUACGAAAUGGAACAAUCAUUUCAAUAACGCAAAAAUGUCAAGAACUGGAAUGUGAUGCCACAAAUGUUAGGCUUUUAGGAGAUCGUAUCCUGGAAAUUACAUUCUUAAAAAAUGUUACUGGACGCUUCAGAAAUUAUGGCAGCUAUUGUGUUUCAAAGAAAUCAGUAGGCCAAGUCAAUUCUAGCUAUGUAAUAUUUGGAGCAAAUACGCUUUCACAAGCUCGUCGAUUUUACAACAAAUCAAUUCGUAAAGGUAUCAGUUAUCGUGCAUAUCGUGAAGUAAAUAAACGAGAGAAGCAAACUGUACGAUCUUGA